AUGCCUCACGCAACCGAGUGCGCAAAUUCGAUUACUGUAGUAUCCGGUUCGUCACCGAUUUCUAUCCCUGGCUCGACUAGCGGCUACGGACGUUCUUCUGGUCCUUCGUAUGGUACUUCUGCUGCGACCGCGAGGUCAAACCCAUUAAAUGAUGACGUCUAUAGCAAUCCCUUAUCACAAGACGUUGACAACAUGGGCCUCGGCUUUGAUCAAACCUACCCAGUAUUUAAUGUGGGAAUGUACCCUUCCUCCCUUACUUCUGAUCCAAACUUACAGACAAGCUAUUCUCGCAAUUACAAUUGCUGUGGAAUCGAUCAUCAAAAUUUCCACGACCUUAUUCAACAUGCGGACAAUUAUCAUCGUGGAAUGAUCGUGCAAGACGGUGCAGUUAUCCCAAUUCCCCUCGAAGCAAAUACUGUUUACUCGCAGUAUCGAUGUAAUUCAAUGCCAAUUUCGAUGUCUGUUUCAUCCAUCCAACCUUCUUUGAAUACUUCGGUACCGAAUGGCUCCGCUCAUGAACAAAAAAAUCAUCAGAACGGUACACAAGGCAAUUUCAACUCUGUCGCAUUAUCCUCCAUAUACUCUGUUAAUAACCAAACUGCUCAAAGUUAUAAACAGAAGGGUAACUUGAAUAAUAAUGGAUUUGAGUAUAACCAAAUUGAGCUCGCACAAAUUAAUGGAUUUGGCCAUAUUAACGGUCUCGAACAAAUCACAACUGGUCAAAAUCAGGACUCAUGUGACCAGAAUGAUUUCAUGUUGGCAGCAGCAUUAUACCUUUAUGAUCAUAAUACUUCCACAUUGCGCAAUGCGAAUUUCCCGUUCGAGGAUCAAACGUCAUCGUCCAUGUCAACAAGUCUUGAUGAUGAUUCUUACCCUUCAAAAGCUCUUCAAAUGAACCAGCAAGAUCCUUUAUUAGUUAAUAACUCACCACAAUCCGAUUAUGCCUCUUCUCCUGUCAGUUCAGAUGACAACUUUGACGCUGUCUCCCCCAUUUCAAACGAUCGUGUCAUGUCCAUCUCAAACUUAGGACAAGCGGCGGCUGUUUCACCAUCAAAAUCUAAAGCCAACCCUCAGGAUAAGAGCCCUCAAAGAACAUCAUCGUCUACCCCUUAUGGGUCAAUUAAUAAUAACAAUGAUAAUAGUGUUAACGCUCAGCAGACCUCCCCAUCUAUCAAUGCAUCGACAACUGGCCAACAGGUUUCAUAUAUCUCAAGGCAGAGACUCGUCCCAUCACCAAGCAAUGGUGCCAAUACUACUAUUAAUGCUCAACAAAGACGUCUGUCCUCAUCAACUCAAAAUACAUCUUAUGCGACCAUGAAUAAUUCAAGACAAAGGCCCAUCGCGACAAACAAUGUUCAACAAAGGCGCACUUCUUCUAUAUCCCCAUAUAAUUCUGAGCAAGUAUCAUCGAGCUCUGAUCCUAGUAAAUCUAAUCAAGGAGCCUCAAAUUCAUCCAAUACCCCUAUUUCUUAUGGAUAUAAUAGUAGCUUUUUACAACCUAGGCGAUCGUCAACUUCAAAUAUUAUCUCAGCACAUCCAGUUGUAACUACGAUGCCCCAAAAUGAACAUCAGUAUAGGUCUAUUAAUAUGUCAAAUUUAGUACAAGGAAGUGUCACAACUUCAAAUAGGCCCGUUGCUCAACUCAGACGCUCAUCUACCUCUAAUUUGGCGGCGGCGCGAAACAUUGCGACAACUGCACCCCAAACUUAUAGUCACAUCUCAAUCGAUAAUAAUGCGUUGGCGUCAUAUAUGCCCUCUGUUACCGGCACACAAUACUCUGUGAAUUCAGUCGACGGUUACCCGCUGGUAGGGUAUAUGUCUUCCGGAGAGACUGGCUCCGGAACAGCCACGCAAUACUCGGCAAAAUAUCAGCGAAUCCAACCGAAGGCUGGUAACGGAGUUGCAAUGUCAGAUGUCUAUUCCGACCCAUCACUUGGUGCGUCUGGUAUCAAAUCAAAGAAAAGGGCCACCUCCACAUCAUCGGUCGAUAAUAAAUCAGUAAAACGACGUACUAAUAAACCUUCUGAUGAAUCUGUCGCUGAUGCUUCCGCUGCUAUUCAUUCUUCCGAUUUGUCCUCUGAUGUCGUGCAGAAUAGAGGUGAAGCCGAUAUAUAUCCUUACAAAUGCUCCGUUCAUGGAUGCCCGAAAGCAUAUAAAAAUGCAAACGGAUUGAAAUAUCACAACGAACAUGGUCACGCACAACAAAGCGGUAACGGAGCUCGUGAAAAGCCAUGGGCGUGCCGCAUUGGAGGUUGCCUAAAAACUUACGGCAGCAAAGAAAACCAGAAUAAGAAAAAACUGGACAGGCGUAAAGCUCGUCAAAAAUGGGGUGCGACCGAAACGUCCCUACUUGUUGAAGGACUUUAUAAGGUUUGUCACGGCGUUGGUAAUUGGAAGAAAAUUUUAACCGAUCCAAAAUACCCUUUUCCCAGGGAUCGAACAGCUGUUGAUCUCAAAGAUAGAUUUCGAACGAUCUAUCCAAAUGAAUAUGAAAAAUUAUACGGUAAGAAAGCGAAAAGAAAGAAAAACAAAUCAAAUGAUAAUGACUCGUUAUCAGAGUUGUUGACAUUCGUAAGGAAACCUCAUCGCUCCAAAAACAAAUUCACUCCCGAAGAAGAUAAUGCUUUGAAAUUAGGUGUUGAAAAGUAUGGUAAUUCCUGGUCGAAAAUUGCGAGUGAUCAGAAACUGAAUUUAACGCAUCGGACCGGACAAGACCUAAGAGAUCGGUGUAGAGUUGCGUUCCCUGAAACAUACGCUCGUUCUCGUUUUAUUAAAUCACGAAAGUCGAAUUAUAUUGAACAACCGGAUUCCCAAAUCCUAAAGAAGUUUUAUGCGUUGCCAUUCCAAGCUUUACAAAAAUCCGAAACGUCUGACGUAUAA